ACUUUUUGCACUGUCUCUGAUAAUUAAACAUGCACAUAUCAAAAACAUGAAUUGUUGCAUUCUUUUAACAGAGAAACAAAAUCAUACAAUGAUGCACCAAAAAACUCCAAAACAUGUACUACAUAACUUUAGUCACAUAAUCAAAAUACAAUCAAAACCAGAAACAAUCAUGACCCACGUAGUCAUGAACAGUUUGAAAGGAAAGAACAUCAUAACCACAAUCACUCACUGAACAUGUAAAUUAUCCAACAAGUCCAAAAGAGGUGUCAGGUCACAAUUGGACAACAACUCAACUUAAAGAACUGUCGGAUUACAACUAUAUCCAACUGACACUUGAACAAAAAAAAAAGAAGUAAAUUUUAUUGCUAUUAUAACGUGAUGAUAGAAAAGAAAGAUGAGUGUAGAUAUAUGAUUGCUGAUAAAAUUAUUUUUCCAACCCAAAUCAACUAAUUCCAUCAUGCGUUUGAAUGGUGCUGUUAGGAGUUGGCAUGUAACCAUCGUGCACCAUGCCAUUACAGGACAGUCUCUUUUUUCUCUUUCUCUUUGUACUUCUCUGUGUAUCCAAACAAAGCGACAAACAAACUGAAAACAAUAAGACAUUAUUGGAACCGUUACAUUACACCUUUCUCUCUCUUCUUUCUUUCUCUUACAUUUAGAACACCAAAAAGAGAUAUGCACCCUUGGGACCCGCGAAUGUCUCACGACCGUUCGCGACAUCCUCGAAAAUCCUCCGCAGAUCUCGCGACAUACGGAGAGAAAGACGAGGGUUGGAUAUUGAUUACUGGAUUGUGUCAUUUUCGGAGGAGAGAAAAAACCAAGCCCAAAGAGCGAGGUAGGAGCAACAAAGCAUCAGUUUUUUUCUCCUCUCCCAAUGUUUUUCUUUCUGGGUUUCUCUCCGUUUUCUCUCUGAUCGUUUCGUUUUUCUCCGGAGGCGUUUUCGCAACCCGUUUCUAGCCGGGUCGGACCCCGGCAAAUGGGUUGCGCGAGCUCGAGGCGGGCUCUUGCUGGAAGCGAUUUCACGCCGCCGGGACUGCUAUCGUUGCGAUCGAGCUCGCGGAAAAGGUGCAAUGGGAAGAGGCGAAACAGCGUCGUGGAGGCGCGUGAGAUAGACGCGGGAUUGGAGGAGGAGAAGGAGUGGAAGAAGGGGAGCUUGAGAGGUCCGGUGUCGUUGAGGUUGUCGUGUAGGUUUGUGGAGGCUGAGCAGAAUGCCGCUGGGUGGCCACCUUGGCUUACCUCUGUUGCAGGGGAAGCUAUUCAAGGGUGGGUCCCUCUCAAAACCGAUUCUUUUGAGAGAUUGGAUAAGAUUGGACAAGGUACAUAUAGCACUGUAUUCCAAGCACGUGAAAUUGAAACUGGGAGGAUGGUUGCCCUGAAGAAGGUACGAUUUGACAAACUUAAAGAUGAUAGCAUUAGGUUCAUGGCAAGAGAAAUAGUGAUUCUUCGCUCACUUGACCACCCAAACAUCAUGAAAUUGGAUGGUAUAAUUACUUCACAACAAUCAAACAACAUAUACCUUGUAUUUGAAUACAUGGAGCAUGACCUUGCUGGCCUAGUGGCUUCUCCUGAUAUAAAGUUCACUGAAUCACAGAUUAAGUGUUACAUGAGACAGUUAUUGAGUGGAAUCGAGCAUUGUCACCUUCGAGGUAUUAUGCAUCGAGACAUUAAAGUAUCUAAUAUACUAGUGAACAAUAAAGGUGUUCUCAAGAUAGCAGAUUUUGGAUUAGCAAAUACCCUUAGUCCUAAUAGCAAGCAACCCUUAACAAGUCGAGUGGUGACUCUAUGGUAUCGUCCUCCUGAACUCUUAAUGGGAUCAACAAACUAUGGUGUUUCGGUGGAUCUAUGGAGUGUUGGCUGUGUAUUUGCUGAACUUUUUCUGGGGAAGCCCAUCCUUAAGGGGAGAACUGAGGUGGAACAAUUACACAGAAUUUUCAAGCUUUGCGGUUCUCCACCUGAGGAAUACUGGAAAAAGAGUAAGCUUCCUCUGGCCACAAUGUUUAAGCCUCAGACUAAUUACGAAGCCUCUCUUCAUGAGAGGUGUAAAGGUUUUCCUGUAACUGCUGUAAAACUACUUGAGACUUUACUUUCCAUUGAUCCCUCCAAGCGUGGGACUGCCUCCUCUGCACUCACGUCUGAGUAUUUCAGCACCAAGCCAUAUGCCUGUGAUCCAUCACUCAUGCCAAAGUAUCCACCAAGCAAAGAAAUGGAUGCUAGAAAUCGGGAAGAAGCGAGCAGGAAAAAGACUUUAGGUAAAGGGAGAGAGGCUGCAACUUCAAAAAGGAAUAGACGAGUCCACAAAGUUUCCCAUGACCAUAUAAAUUUCAACAAACCAGCUUGGAAAGAGGAAAUGCAGAAUAGUUCUCAAAAUAUUGGCACAAGUGAUGAUGGUAGGGCACAUGUUGCAAAAGUUAAAAUAGGAGCUUUGCAUAAAGAGCAACCAAAGGCUUCAUGUGAUGCAAAGUCUGAGGCUACCCAAGUGGUGGAUGGUUGCAAUGGAAACAGUUUAUACUCUGGACCAGCACCAGUCUCAGCAUCCAGUGGUUUUACAUGGGCCAAAAGGAGAAAACCAGAAGCUUCAUCCAUAUUGUCUGAUGGUUCAAGAAGCAAAAUCAGUGCUCUGGAUCCAAUCUUUGUACAAGGCGCAUGUGAUUUAACAAAACAUGAGAUAGAAGUUUCAGAAAGGAAACAUGGUUUCAACACAAGACAUCAGGACAGGACUUCCAGCCAUGUAUUACCAAUAUACCAGGCUCCUCGCUUUCAACAAAAAUCAUUCGAUUUAGCUGAUAAAUACAACUCAAAUUAUUUCAUGGAAUUUGAUUUCACAGAUAAAUUGGAUACUCUGUUAGAUCAGAACCACAGAAAAUAUGGUGAGCCUGUGAAGUUAUCAGCGGCAAAAAUGAUUUCAUCAAAUAAAAAGGACGAGUUGUUGCAGCGAAAUGAUAUGCGUCGAUCUCUUCGUAUGUCAACAUCGGGAAGAGGUAAAAAGACUACUUUUAUCUAGGGUGAUGUUACACGAGAAACAAACAUAUUUCACCUCCAUGCAUGCUCAACAUAAUGUUGCAGUAUACAUUUUUCUUUGGUCUGUAACUGCAGUUUUAAGGGUAAAUCACAAGUUGUUUAAAACAAAAUUACAAUAUAGCUCGUUACGAAUACCAGCAUAUGAAUUUGUGUAUUACAGACCAAUGACACAAGGAUCGAUGGAGAGGAUUAAUCCCACAUCUUCAAGGGCUGCAUGGCUAAGAAAACAUUGUGGCCAUUGAUGAUAUCCUUAAUGGAUAUCUGAACCAUUAUAUCUUGUACUUCAGCUUUCUUGAUUUGUUCACUACAGAGUUAAGUGUACAUAUAGGACUAACUCUGAAUUAUACAUAGGAUUACAGUAACAAAUUGCAGCUCCCAAGUGUUGGGUGAUAUGCUUAAUGAAAAGUUAACUUUUCUAAGAAUUCUUUUAACUUGGUGGCCAUCCACUACAUGUGUUCAUUUAUUUAUUUCAUCAUGUUCUUUCAACCCUUGUAUAUGCUGCAUUACAGAUAUUGAAAACUUGAAAAGAGAGAGAAAUAUAAAUGUAUUAUUCUAAAAAUACUCUUGCAAAUAGGCAAUACAAAGUACUACAAUGAAGUUAUACCAAAGCAACUAACUAUAUUCUAUAUUUCUGUUUUGUUGAUUUAAAAAUACUUAAGGAUGAGAUAAACCACAAUUUCCUUUUCUAUUUAUACAUUUUUUAUUGUCUUUGUGGUUCUAACACUUACAUAUAUUGUAGGAGAUUACUUCGUGCAUUCUUUAUGAAAUUGAAAAUGUAUUAAAAAAUUCUGGAUUACAGUUUCCAGA